CCUCCGGGCGGUCGCCACGCACACCAGUGAGGCUCUGGGGGCCGAGGCGACACGCCGAGCGAGCGUGGGAGGCACGGUAGGCGGUUGCUUCGGUGGAGCGAGGGAUGGACCCACAGACGGCGGGCCCCGGGCACGACGGCGCGCGGGAGCCGCGGGGCUCAAGUUCGAGAAGCGGUGGCGCGGUGCGGGAGGAAAAGCGGCCGAGCUGAGCUGUGCGGAGCAAAGUUGUGCGCCGCCGGGGGGGAGGGGAGAGGCGGGCGGGAUGGCGGAGCACGCGGCGGGGACCGAGAGACGGGAGCCAGGGAACCGCGGGGGGCGCCCGGCCGCCGCCAGGUCCCAGCUCGACGCGCUCUGCGCAACUAGCACCCUAGAGCCCGGUUCCCUCCCACCAGCCCCGCGCACUUACUUUCCAGCUCAGGUGGAGGCCGUUGUCGCUCCAGGGACCAGGGACAUCCGAGCCGAAGGGUCGCCGCUGCGGCACCGGAGCAAACUGGCCGAAGUGCGGCAGCCUGGCCGCUGCCCUCCCCUCCCUCCCCACCCGCCCCCUCCCCCGAAGAGGCUCUCCCACCACCCCGGUGGCGGCGGCAGCUCGCCUCUACCCCGUGCCCAUAGUGCCGCCGCCGCAGCCGGCGUCCACGCGCACUCAGCCCCGGAGCCCUCUAGACUGCUCGGAGGCCGCCGCCCCGCCGCCAGCCCGCCCGCCCGGCCAGUCCCAGCACCCGGGAACGUCAGCACGCUGCCGUCCCCAGACAGGCUCCGCGCCCGCCCCAUUGGGCGGAAGGAGAGGGCCGGUCCUCCCCAUUGGCCCAGCCCUCAUAUUGAACGAGCCAAUAGGAGCCGCGGUUUCAGGUCGCCAUGGAGACCGAUGCUGUUAAGAGCGAAAGGGCCAGGAGAAGGGUCACUUGAAUUCUUCCUCCAACCACUCCCCCUUCCCUGAGUCGACAUUUCCUCAGAAUUUGGUUCCUCCAGCCUAUAACCCCUCCCAACGAAAACAAGAUUUCUUGCACGUGGUAUUUUGGUAAGGAAACUGAAUGGGGUUGUGCUAAAGGAUCAACCCACAACAGAAUGAGUUCUCUGCUUCCCCAAGCAGCAGGUCUGAUCUCUCCUCUCCCCUCCCUCUUGUACUGUGUGCUUUCUGUGCUGAGCUUGGCAGGUGCAUGCUCUUCCCAGUUUGUCUCAGGCUGGAGAAGUGCCAGAAUCCAUCCCAAUGAUUUCGCAAAAGAAAAAUAGAUUACAAAUGAUGGAUUUUUUUUUUUGCUUUCUGACUGUUUUCCAGAUUAUUUCUAAAUUUGGUAAAGAAAUGAUGAAUUGGGACAGGGAGUCAUACUCACCCAAAUCUUGACCUUUAAUAACGAGUGCUCUACUUUUAUUUAAAUCAUUUUGUGCUAGUUUGCCUGCGCUAAUUAUUUUUGAUGAGUGAUGUUCAUAAUUAGACGGUAGCUAUUAAUCUGGAAUCAUUACGCAUGGUAUUGCUUCAUAACAUUUUAAAAAUAGUAUCACUCUAGCAUAUAGCCACCGAUAUAUUCAUGUUUCCUCUUUUGGUGGCUUCAUUAUUUUAGUAAUAUCGUCUUUAGUUAAAAAAGGAUUCUGUGUACCACUUCCCUCAAAAUAAGGUAUCAUAUUACUUUUUUUCUUGUUAUAUUUUGUGGGGGAAACUGGUAGGAAUUUUGACAUUACAAAUAUUUUGUUUUGAGAAGUAGAUUGUUGUGUGUGCAAGCUCUAUAUAUCUAACUUACAUUCUGAACUUUAAUUGGGUGGUAUGUUUUGGCUUUUAUGCUAUAAAACAUAGCCUAAGAAAUGUUAAUAUGGCAACUUGCUUGUGAAAAAAAAUCUCCUUGGUACUUACUGUAAACUUGAAUUUAAUUGACAGUCCUGUGCAUGAAUGCACUGUGGAACAAAAUAGAUAAACAUGUGAAUGUAUCAUUUAAAUAUUUUAGAAUUAAGGAGGAGCCAGCAAGCAGUAAGUUUGGAGGGAAAGAUAUCUUCUGGCUUGUCAUUAGGAAAAUUACCUGCUUUUGAGUUUUUCUUGGGCUCGUUGUUAUUUGUUUGCUUGCUAUUGUGUGUUUGUUUAUAGAAUGGAAAAAGUUAAAAUGCAAAGAUAAGUAAGACAUUAAGGAGAAAAUGGGUCUCCUUUUUCUUCCUCCAUAGAAGGAAAAAAAGAACCAAUUUUGUUUGUACUCUAAAAAUUAUUUUCUUUUGUAUAUUUCUCAAAACACAUAUCUGUUAAAUAUUUUAUAUUGUUUUUAUAUGUGCAACUUACAUGUUAUUUCCACCGUCAGUAAUUAAAAUGUUGCUGAAACCCAUUGGGAAUAAUGGAUGCCCCCAAAAUCAUUUGUCAUUCAAUAUUACUUUUUUUUCCUUGUUACAUUUAGUGGAAAGAUUUGUUUUAACGUCUAGAGAACCCCUCUCACAUCUGCCUCUUUUCCAAUCAUCAAGUCUGUGCUGUCCUGAGGAUCCUUUCACUUUUCAAGAGCUCUUAAGAUUCUGGGAAUCUGGCAAGAGGCCCUUCAACUCACCUUUCCUAAACCCCAGUCUCAAAUUUUUGCACCUCUUUGCCUCCAUCUGCUCUUACUGAGGAGUGCCCUGACUGCCUGCUCUGCUAAACUCCAACUGUGCUACUAAACGUACAGUACUCUUACCAACAGACUUUUUUCUCUGUUGCUGAUAAUCUUUCAGGUUGCCUUUUUAUACCAUCUCCUCCCAAGCUUUUCCGUUAGGCUCCCAAAUAUCUGUUGUUUUUUGUUUUGUUUUGUUUUGUUUGUUUGUUUGUUUGUUUCUGUUUUUGUUUUUUUUGUGGACCGGUUUUCUGCUUAGCUUCCCUCUUGAUAUGCUGGCUUUCCUUUCCCAGAAGCAGUAUACAGGAAGAACUCUGCUCGUUCAAGCCAGUAGAUUUGACCCUGAGUACAACUGAAAUGGUUCCGAAGGUCACGCCUUCAGUCCACAAAUUUUCAGCUCAGUUUGCCGACUAAGUUCUCUUGUCUAACACUGUCCUUUGGACCAGGAGUAGGGUGCAUGCCUCUAAUUGCAACACUUGGAAGGCAGACGUGGUAGUUCAGAAGGCCAUCCUCAUUCCUGUCUACAUAGUGAGUUUCUGGACAGCCUUGGCUUCAUGAAACCCUGUCUCAAACAAACAAAUUAAACCCAAUUUUUAAACUUGACAGAAUUUGGAAUCACUUGGAAAGGUGGGGAUUUUUUUUAAAUAUAUAAACAGAACAUGUUAUUUGAAUAUGGAUAAAUGUAUUCACUAUAAGACUGUCACAUUCAGAGUCUUAUCACAUUUAAAAUGAGAAAUAUGAGUCAAUGAUCGCUAGAGCAAACUCAUCAAUGUUACACCAUCAGUAAGCAAGAAAUCAUCACUACCUCUGAUUAUAUGGCUUAAUUAAUCUUAACAUUUUAUUAAUUACUUUAUUUUAAAUAAUUUAAUAUUUAUUAAUGGUAUUCAUAUCAGUUUUAUAUAUCAUAAAUAACAUGUUAUAUGUGAUAUAUAGAAAUGUAAAUAUUUUAUAUUAAAAUAAAUAAUAAAAUAAAUUGAAUAUUUAAUUACUAUAUUUUAAUGAUUUUUUUUCCCUCUUUCAAGUUAUCCCAGAUCUUCUCUCUCUCCAUACUCACCCUACUUUAAUUUCUUUCUCAAACAUACACAAAAACUCAGUACAGGACGCUCCCCAACCAAGAAAAUGAACUGCCCCCCCCCAAAAAACCCCACAACACCAACACUGUAACCAAAUAAAAGCUUUUUUUUUUUCAAAAAAAAGAGAGAGAGAGAGAGAGAAAGAUAGAAAGAAAGAAAGGGAAAAAGAAAAGAAGAAAUGUCUGUGGAGUUCAUUAUACAUUAGUCAGCUACUCCUGAACUUGAGAUCUUCCUUGGAGUGGUUGACAUUCUAAUGGAAUGUCACUCCAUUAAAGAAAACUGAUUUUUUUUCCCUCUCCCAGGAGGUACAAAUGACAGUUCAGUUGUUAACCUUUAACUCUGUUGGUUAGGUUUUCAUUCAUUCAUUCAUUCAUUCAUUCAUUCAUUCAUUCAUUUUUUUAAGAUAACAAAAUUAAAUAUAACAAGAUGAAAACCGUCACACUCAAAUAGGACAAGACAAAUCAACAAGUGAAAAGAGCCCUAGAGAAGGUACAAGAACCAGAGACCCACUUAAUUUGAAUACUCAGGAAUUCCAUAAAAACAUAGUUGUCAUAGUUGGAAGUCAGCUUCCUAUAAGGAUGUGGUAAAAACCUACCUGGAAGCUAGGCAGUUCCAUUUCUGGGGCUGGGCCCUGCACUAACUGAAGGGGCAGUGGGGGGCGCAGGGGGCGGGGAAUGACAACCUUGCUCCUUGACUGGAUGCCCUGUCAGCUCUCUGGAGUACCUGCUUCUGUUACUUCCCAUAUUUGGACUGUAACCUGAAACUAUGAGUGAGAAGAACCCCUUUCCCCUCAGUUGCUUUUGUAGGGUAUUUUGUAACCGUAUAGCUGAGACAGCCCCAAUUCCAGGCUUUCCUGAGGAUUCAAACCUUUGUCAGGCAGCCUGAGGAGCCAUUGAAAUGCAAAUGCCCUACUUGAGCAGAGUGCCUGUGAACUUUCUUUCUAGAUCUGGCUGCUGGGUAGCAGUGGUAGAAAGAGGGGCAUCUGCUUAGGCUGAUGGCUGGCAAGGUUUAAAAAGAAUGAAGACUUUUGGGCAACUUGACCUCAGAUCAGAAGAAAACAGAACUCCAAGGAACUUUCCAGUACCACCGGCGACAAGAAGUUGACCCAAACCUCUCAAGGACUAGUCAGACUGAAGAACUUUUACACUGUUCACUAUUUUCCUAUUAGCACAUGACGGUGGAAACAUUUCCCUUUUAAAAUGUACCAUAGAAAGGAAGCAAUAGAGGAUAUUGCUAUUUGAUAUCUCUACAGGUAGGUAGUGACAGCAAAACCUCUGAGUAUACACCAGUGCCAGUCUCACUGCGCAGAUGCACAGACCACACCUUCUUUACCCAUUCUUCAGUUGAGGGACAUUUGGGUUGUCUCCAGUUCUAGCUACUAUGAAUAAAGCUGCUAUGAACAUAGUUGAGCAUUUCCCCUGUGGAAUGGUGGGACACCUUUUGGGUAUAUGCUCAGGAGUGAUACAGCUGGGUCUUGAGGUAGAAUGAUUCCCAGUUUUCUGAGAAGCCACCAAGUUGAUUUCCAAAGUGGUUAUACAAGUUUGCACUCCCAUCAACAGUGGAGGAGUGUUCCCCUUCCACAUCCUUGCCAGCAUGCUCCGUCUCUUGAGUUUUUGAUCUUAGCCAUUCUGAUAGAAGUAAGAUGGAAACUCAGAGUUGUUUUGAUUUUCAUUUCCCUGGUAACUAAGGACUUCGAACAUUUCUUUAAAGGUUUCUUGACUGUUCGAGAUUCCUCUGUUGAGAAUUCUCUGUUUAGCUCUGUGCCCCAUUUUUCAAUUAGGUUAUUUGGGAUGUUGGUGUCUAACUUCUUGGUUUCAUUGUAAAUUUUGUAUAUUAGCCCUCUGUUACAUGUAGGGAUAGUAAAAAAAAUACCUUUCCCAAUUUGUAGGCUGACAUUUUGUCCAGUUGACAGUGUCCUUUGCCUUAUAGAAGCUUCAUGAGGUCCUGUUUAUCAAUUGUUGAGCCUAGAGCGUGAGCCAUUGGUGUUCUGUUCAGGAAAUUACCUCCUGUGCCAGUGUGUUCAAGGGUAUUUCCCACUUUCUAUUCUAUGAGAUUUAGUGUAUCCGGUUUUAUGUUGAGGUCCUUGAUUCACUUGGACUUGACUUUUGUACAGGGCGAUAAAUAUGGAUCUAUUUUCAUUCUACAGGUAGACAUCCAAUUAGACUAGCACCAUUUGUUGAAGUUGCUUUUUUUUUUUUUUUUUCCAUUGUAUGGUUCGAGUCCUUUAUCAAAAAUCAAGUGUCCAUAGGCAGGUGGGUUUAUUUCAGGGUCUUUGAUUCAAGUCCAUUGAUCAACGUGUGUUUCUGUACCAAUACCAUGCAGUUAUUAAAAGCAAAGACACUAUGUAUUUUGCAGGCAAAUGGGUGGAAUUUGAGAAUAUCAUCCUGAAUGAGGUAACCCAGUCCCAAAAUAUGCAUGACAGGGGCCUUGCAUGGCUGUCCUCUGAGAGACUCCACCUGGCAGCUGAUUCAGACAGAUGCAGAUACCCACAGCAAACUGGAUGGAGGUUGGGGACUCUUAUAGAAGAAUAGGAAGAAGGAUUGAGGGCCCUGAGGGGACAGGAACUCCACAGAAAGACCAAAAGAGUCAACUAACUGGGACUCAGGGCUCUCAGAGUUGGAACCACCAACCACAGAACACACACAGGCUGGAUCUAGUCCUCCCCACAUCUAUGUAGCAAAUGUGUAGCUUGGUCUUCAUGUGGGCCCCAAAAAUUGGAGCAAGGGCUAUUCCAAAAGCUGUUGCCUGUAAGUGGGAUAUGUUCUUCUAGCUGGGCUGCCUUGUUUGGUCUCAGUGGGAGAGGAAGAGCCUAGCCUCACAAAGACUUGAAGUGCCAAUGUCAGGGUUACCCAGGGGAGCCCCUACCCACUCAGAGGAGAAGGGGGAGGGAUGGGGAAGGAUUAUGGUAGGGGGUGACCAGAAGGGGGCAGUGAGCGGGAUGUAAAGUGACUAAGUAAAAAAAUUAAAUUAGAAAUAGUUCAGCUCAGGUGCUCAUAAGAUCACUGCCCCACCUUCAGCCACCUUCUCUGAAUAUGCAAAUCCUCCAUCACCCUAAAGACCCUACUGGGUUUCCUAGCCCCUCCUCCACCCUCCACCAAUCUCAGGUUGACUUCUGCCUUGGUGUGUUAUUGUGGCACUUGACAUUCCCUCCACCCCACCCCCAGUGUGGUUGUUCCUGUGUGAACAUUCUCCCCAAGAGGACGCAUUCUCUGACACAUCCGUGACUGUCCCUUGGAGUGCUUGUUGCCCCUGAAGUAUUCCCCACAGUGAUCAUUAAUCACUGACUCCCAACUAUGACAAAUAGGAAUCAGUAAUGUCAGGAGGCAAUUAGAAAAAGAUGGAAUUAAAUAUUCAGUGUGGAAAAUGAGAGUCUAGGCAGAGUGGGGUUUACCUCUGUAGCCUUCAAAGACAACAAGCCUUGGAAACAAGAAAACAUGAGUAGGAACAUGCCUGAAGAGAAGUGGAUUCGUGUGGUGCUUUGUCCACAGCUCAGACUGUAAGGCUCUGUUUAUUAGGGAAAGAGACUGAAACCCGGCUUUGCCAACCCAAGGGUCACUUAAGUUUUGUCUUUGUGGGAAGCUCUAAAGUUGCUCUGCCUUUCGAAACCAGACAAGUUCCUUAGAGUUUAAAAAGUUCACAAAAUCAGAAGGCCAUCAAGCAUUUGGUAUGUGUGACAGACAUCUGUUAUGUAUGAUAAUCAGGCCUCUUCCCACAGCCUUUGAGGGAGACAGCCCUGUGUGACAUGAUCCUUUGUGCCCCUCACAGCAACAACCUUAAAGGGGCCUAAUCUAAUGUAGCCAAGCCCCUGGCUGUUUACCUGUCACCGUAAUGGCACGAGCCAGUGUCUUCUGACAAUGCACAACCUAGAGAGUAAGCAAGCUGCCUUGGUCCCGAUGUUGCCUCAGCUGCUAUUGAAGGAGACUCCUGUUUGUUACCUCAAAAUACCACUUAGGGGCUGGAGAGCUAGCUCAGUGGUUAUGAAUUCUUACUGCUCUUGCAGAAAACCUAAGUUCAGUUCCCAGCACCCAUGCUUAGCAGCUAAUGACAAUUAGUAACUCCAUCGAUAAGUGAUCAGACACCCCUGGUCCCUGCAGGCACUACAACUCACAUGCACAAUCCAGCCCUGCUGCCCCCCCACCCCCGACACAAAAAGAAGCCACAAGAACAUGAGCCUUUGCUCUAACUUCUGGUUCUGUGAGCAGUGGUAGGGAGACACAGCUCAACUUAGUCACUAGCUGUGGCGGCGACUUUGGCUCCUGGCAAUCGGAGAGUUUAGCUAAGGCACACUGCUUUAGCUCCUGGCAGGAUUCGAGAAUGAAACACACACACACUCACACACACACACACACACACACACACACACACACACACACUCACCAGUUAAUUUAUGAUAUGCUGUGACUAGCUUAAAGUCUCCUAAGCCUCCUGCUAACAAAUGCUCCCGGCCAGUUCUCCUGAGACUCCUACACCUUCCCCUGUUACCUGAGGCCCAAUCCGGGAUGUGACCAGUGGCCACUUAUCAGAAUUCUUACAUGGCUGGUUGACUUUCUCUCCUGCAGUUCUUAUGUCCCAUCCUUCUCCCCUGACUCAUGGCAAUUCCUUCUUUCCUUUUUCCCAGUUCCUAGGCUGAAUCUGAAAGUUCUGCUCCUUUCUCUCCUCCCAGCCACCAGCCAUUGUCUCUUUAUUGAUUGAUCGAAACCAAUUUCGGAUAAGAACCUUCCACAUUGGGCAAGCAGAUUCCCAAUUAAUACAAAGCAUUAGAACAAUCCCUAACCACUAACAGUUCAGGGUCCUCCUUGUCCCCUUAGAGAUCUUCCUAUAGGCCGCUGUACAAAAAUGAGCAUGCCAGGCUUCUGAGACGGCCCAGUGGGUAGGGCGUCUGCCGCCUAGUCUGAUGGCCUGGGUCCAGUCCCAGGAACUCAUGGUGGAAAGAGAGAACCAGUUCCUGGAAGGUGUCCUCUGACCUCGACACUUGUGCCAUGACACACACAAUAAUAAUACAUGCAAUAUAUAUUUUUAAAUUCUCAUAGAAAACAGUGAGAAGCGGGGAUUCUGUGUCCAGCACAAAUGUCCUUCAAAACUGACUGUCACAGCCAUAGAUGCAGCUACGUUGAGAGUACGCUAAUACAACCCAGAGAGCCUCCAGCUCUCAGUAACACCCAAAGCAAGAAAGGACGAGGGCAGGGAAAGACUCACCAACCUCCCUUUGGGACGCAAAAUGCUAUAGUUUGGAUCUGGACCAUUUCCCCAAAGGCCUCUGUUAAGGCCUGUUUCCCAGAAGGCCACUGGUGCCUUUGAAGGGGGCUGUAGAGCUGUGUGAUUCCAACUCUCUCAGCUUCCUGGCCUCCUCCUGUGUUCCCUGCUGUGACACCAGCACAGGCCCCAGGGCGGUGGGGCCAGACCACUGUGGACUGAAAACACAGGCCAAAAGAAAUGACUCCUCUUCAGAAGCUGAUGAUGUUAAAUAUUCAUGGUUCCUUCGGAAACCUGAUUAACAUAUAGUUCUUUCCUCCGUGCCAUCCUGGGAUAUCAAAUGAUCAUUAAACAUGAAGAGAUUACAGAUGAUUAUUAUGAAUUUGCUGUUACAAAGGGCUCUUUCAAGUUUUCCCAAAGUAAAUAAUCAGAAAGCAAGACCCCUUUCUAUUCUUAACUCCAGAGCUCUCUCUGCUUCAUACUUACCAGAAAAGGGAGGAAUGGGCCCAUGCAAGAGUCCUCUCCACAAAGUCCUCUUGCAUGAGACCUGACUCUUAUUUUCUCCCUGGACCACCAUUUCCUCUGUAGAUCUGCUCUCCUGACUUCAAUCUCAUGGGGCCCCCUGGUAACUUGUUACAGCUUCGCAUCCCUGUGAGGUUGGACUGGGAGACGAGUGACCAGCUCUUGCUAGUCACGGUAUUGCCAUAAACCAUGAGUCCAAAACUGCCCUGUUUUUAUAGUUUGAUUGUUGUUCUAAAUAAAAGGAGGGAAUGAAUGGAUGCAAAAAAAAGUCAUCGAUAAGGAAAAACACCAAUUUAUAAUUAAAUGCUCAUUAAAUUAGCAGCAGAAAGGAACGUGUGAGAAAGCCCAGAGUUUGUUUAUCAUGGAAAGACCCACUUAAUUCCACCCAGACUGAGAGUAAAGUCUAUGGCCAUAGUACUGUGGGUGCACCUCAUCUUGAAAGCAAAAGGAGGGGUUGGGGAUUUAGCUCAGUGGUAGAGUGCUUGCCUAGGAAGCGCAAGGCCCUGGGUUCGGUCCCCAGCUCCGGAAAAAAAGAACCAAAAAAAAAAAAAAAAAAAAGAAAGCAAAAGGAAAGCUGAAUGAGGUCAUCCACACACAUCCCUACUGUUCAGAACCAUGUGACCAUCCUAGCCAGCGUAAUAAGGAGGAAAUAACAAAAUCUAACUGCAUAUGAUCGGAAAGGAAAAGGAACUAAAGCUGCCUACCUUUGUUCACCGAUGCCAUCCUGUUCCUAGAAGAUUGUAAAGAAUAUCUGUGUAUGUCCCAAGCCAACUGAUGAAAUUCGUGAAGUCACAAAAUAUAGAAUCAUUAUAUAAAACCAGAUACAUUUCCUCUGGUUGGGACUAGCAAUCUGAAAACCAACAAUAACAACGAAAUCCACUCACAGCACUAGUAUUCACAGCAAUGAAAACCACAAUAGUUAAGCAUUCAUUGUAAAAGUAAAGCAUAAUACCUUUGAUCUAUAGACUCGAUAUGAUCCCUGUCGAAAUUCCAGUAAGCACUGUUGUAGCCAUUGAUCAUCUUGGAGUAGAACUACAGAGGAACAAGACUCCCAAAACCAAUUCCUGUAGAAAGAACAAACAGUAAUUGCAAUACUUAAUUGUCAAACUUACUGCAAAGCUAUGUCAACAAACACAACAUUGCAUGACAGCCCCGUGGAUCAAUGAGAUAGCAGACCCAAAAAUUAGCCCUUAUGUGGCGGUCAGUUCCUUUCAACAAAGAUUCCAAGGCGGAUCAAUGAGGGGGGAGUCUUUUCCAGGAUGCUGCUGGGAUGACGACAUCGGAUAUCCACACGCACAUCGCUCGACCCAAGCUCCUAACUCACACGGUACAAGAAAAAUGUCCCCGCAAUAUCCAUCACAGACCUACAUACGGGAGAUGGAAUUUAUAAGACUUUGAAUAGGAGAGGAAAAAAACUUUUCCGUCCUUGCUUUUGGCAAAGGUUUCCUGGUUACAACUCCAAAAGCAUGAACUAUAAAAGAAGAAAUUAAUAAAUUAGAUUUUAUCAAAAAGGCAGGACUUUCCCCGCAGAAGAGAGCAACAAACCAGUAGGAAAACACAAAUGCAAAUGCGGGCGCGUAGGAGGGGUGGGCACACCAAAAUUAAGCCAAGGAACUCAAUUGAAGAUUGGGGCGAAUGGACUGGAGAGAUGGGGCGGGGGUGGUUAAGAGCACUUGCGGCUCUUGGAAAUCAGCCAUUCCUCUCCAGCGGUCAGAUCAGGUGACUCACAAAGGUCUUCAGCUGUCUAGACUCCCAGUUCCAGGUGAUGUGAGUCCAGGUGACGUGACCCAUCUGGCUGUGAGGGCACAGGUGAUAGAUAGGACACGAUGCAGAGACGAACACACACUCACGCACAUACUUAAAAACAAAAUAAAUCAUUUUACCUAGAAAAUAUUUUAAUGAGCACAUCACUAGUGUGGUACUCAAGUGACCAGUAAGCACAUGAAGACAUUGUCCACAUCAAUCAUUAGGGAAAUCCUCAUUAAAAUCACGAGGGUUUCGGAGAACGGUUAUAAACUUCUGACUGGAAAGGAAAAUGGAAUAACAAUUUUGAAAACAAAAUGAUGCGAUGCCUUCUUAAAAACAUAAAUGUAAGUUUAUCAUAUGAGGUUUCGAUUUUACUUGAGGAAAAUACCUGUUAUAUAGACUUGUUCAUAAAAAGUAACAGAAUUUACCCUAGUGAAAACCUGGUAAUAACCUAAGUACCCCUCAACUGCUAUUAACCCUGAGUAGAAUACUAUUCUGCUAUAAAAAAUAUGAGCUGUAAAUACAUGCUAGAUGGACAAACCUCUAAAACUCGUGGUAUGACGUCAUUUAUAUAAAACUUUGGCAAACUUUACAAUACAUGACCAGUGAUUACCGUUGGCCUGGGAAGGAAGGACUUAGCGGGAGUUAUGAAUGAUGGGAUAGAAAUGUUCUCAAACUGGAAGGGUAAUGCCUGUACGAUACAUUUUUAUUAAAAAUAACUAUAUAGCUAUAAUGGAUGCAUUUUUGUUGAAUCAAAUUAUGCCCCAACAAAGCCUUAAUAAAUAAGACCUUUUUAAUAAUGACAAACACAUCUUUAGAACUCUGGUAUAUGAGCACAGUAAAUCUGGAAGUAAUUGUGUCAUGAUUGAAAAGCCUCCAGAUGACGCUUCAUGGGAUUUAGGCCUCAUUUAUUAAACAUUCGAGAAAUACCAAAGAAAACUGGUUCACAUCAGGAAAUCCAGGAAUGUAUUAGAGAAAAAUAUUAAACUACAACCAUUGUAUAAUUGGAGAAUAUAAUUGAAAUUUGAGUAUCUUAAUUGGAAGUAUGAAGCCAGUCCAUGUCUGCUUAGCUUUUUAUAUUCAUUGAAGUGAGUGUGGGGAGAGAGGCUGAGCCUGCGUUAGAACCCUCCUAUUACCCGGUAUUCUACCAAGAUUUGUAAGACAAUGAACAGUGUUUAUCACAUAAGUCCCCUUAAAAUGUAUUUGGAUUGUCAACAUUAUUAUAUUUAUCAAUAAUAUGUACCUUCCUAUGUGUGUGUGUGUGUGUGUGUUUUUUUUCCUCUGGAGCUGAGGACCAAAACCAGGGCCUUGUGCUUGCUAGGCAAGUGCUCUACCACUGAGCUAAAUCCCCAACCUCCUAUGUGUGUAUUUUUAUCUUUGCAUUUCAUACUUUACGUAAUGUCAGAAUGAUAUUAGAUUUAAAGUAAGUACUUCAGAAACUCUGUUUAGUAAUGGGCUCGUGUGGUGGGGUAUGUUAGGCGUUCUAACUUGCUUUCGUUGCUGUGAUUAAAAACCCUGACCACAA